AUGGAAAAUUAAAACGAAAAUCCAGUAGAGACUGAAGGGGAAAGAGAAAUUUCACAAAAUCAAUAAAAUUAAGAGUCUUAAUAAAAUAAUGAAGACAAUGAAGUUAUACAAAAAGAUUAAGAAUUAGAAGUGAAAAGUGAGUAAUAGAAAGAUGAUAAUUCAUUGAAAAAUGAUUAAUAAAUAAUAAAUAAUUUAGUAGUGAAUGUAAAUCAAGAAGAAAAUGAAUAAUAAUAAUAACCAUAAAACCCAGUAUUAAUUGAAAACUAGAACUAAAAUAUUUAGGAAUAUUUAGAGUAAUAAUUAGAAAGGUAUAAAAAAAUAGAAGCUUAAUGUGUUUAAUAAAAAGAUAAAGGUAUACUUAAACGUAUAAUGUCAACUCUUGAGGGUUAAUUAGAAAAAUUGAAAUUUAAUAUUAUAGAACCAAUAACGAAUGAUGUUAGUAAUUUUGGUGGGAUUAGUUUAAUAAAAGAACUUGAAUAGACAGAAGAGUCUUUCUUUUCGAAGUCUAAAAUAGAACCUCAUUUAAAAGAUGUUUAUAAAUUCUAUUCUAAAAUAUUCUAUGUAAGAGGUCCAUCUGAUGAUUUCACAAGAAUCAAUCAUGAAUCUUAAACAUUAACAGAAGGUAAAUUUAUGAUCUUUUGUCGACAAUUUGGAUUAAUAGAUGAGAAAAUCCAUCAUAUCAAGACUUAAUCAAAAUAUACAGAAACAAAUAGAAUUUUAAAUGAUACAAUUGGAAAUAAAUCUAAUAAAAUGAUUCCAAUCUCUACAAGGAAUCAUCCAUAAGAAAAUAUAAGAAUAUUGACUUUUAAAGAACUUGUAUAUAAUUUACUUUUAUAUAUUAGAAUCUACUAUUUAGGAGAGUUAAUCAAAAUUAGAAUGAAAUUACCUUUAUGAAUUUUGUCCUUUUAUUAAAAGAACUCUCUAAACUUAUGUACUAAGAAGAUUAGACAAAAGCAGAAAUUAAAUUGUUUCGAUACAUGGAAGUAGAUUCAACUUAAUAUAAAAAAAAAUUGAAAUCUUUGAAUACCCCAUUUGAAUCAAAAGAUGUAUAAGGAUUUAGAAAACCAGAAGGUUUAUAAUUGCAAAAAUUUGUUAAUUAUUCAACAGAUGAACUUAAAUCUAAAAGAAUUUUGGUAGAAGAAUGGAAGAAUGUAAAAAAAUAAGAAUUGAGAGAUAAAAUGAUAUCAUAAGUGGAUUAAUCAAGAUCUAAAUCAAUAAUUUUUGAACCAUCUUAUAUAAAAACAAGUAAUUAUAGGGAAAGAAAAUUAAAGAAGAUUGGUUUAGAUGCAAAUUCCCAUUAAGUAGUUAAUUGGGAAAAGUUAGAUAAAUUGGAUCCAAGACUUUUAUUACAUGAAGAAUUUAAACCUGAAGAUCUAAUAGAAGAAGAUGAAGAUGAUGAAGAUAAAUAUUAUUUAAAAAGUUAUGAUUUAUCUAGAUAAAAUAAUGGGAGUGUUAAAAAGUAUAUAUAUAUAUAUAAUUAUGAUUUAUAGGAUUUCAUCAUUAGAUUAGAGAUCAUCAUAAUCUCAAUUAAAGACUGAAUCUACAAAAAGAUAAAUCUAAAAUAUCUCAAAAUUAGAAUAAAAAAUUGACAAUAAAUCUGCUUACAUAAAACUUCCUAGAUUAUAGAAUAAAUGA